GGAUUGUUACAUUACACAUUUUUGUUUAAAAAAAUAAAUUCAAAUAAAUAUAGAAAGAUAUUUAAUACAAUAGUUAAAGUAUAACACACAGUAAAAUGUUAUUGUGAUAACACAUAAGUUGAUCAUAUGAAUUUUUUUUUUUUGUGUGACAAAAUGAUGGCUAAUGCUAAUCAUCAAAUAAUCAACUUUUCUAGAAACUUCUCAAAUUUUAGAGAAUCCAAAUUAUACCCAUUUAUUAUUCCAUCAUCAUCAAUAUUAUUAUUACAACAAAGGAAGCAUCAUGGUUUAUCAUGUGUUAGUGGAAAAAGCGGUAGUACUCUGGUACAACAGCGUCCACCGAGUAAAGAUGAGGUGCUGGAGAUGAUGAUUGAUCAGACGGUUGAAGAAGAGAUGAUUGAAAGAAGUACAAGUUUAAAUGGGAUGGAAGAAAGUAAAGAAAUGGAGUAUUUGGUGAGGGAGUAUGGUUGGAAGGUAAGGAGGAUGGUAGAGGAAAUGACUGAGAUGAGGAAGGUUGCUGAUAUUCAAGCUUAUUCUUUUCAUAAUCCUUCUCUUGUCUUUGAUGAUUGGUUCUUUCAAUUCUUCAAGGCUGAGGUUCUUGCUGGACUUCUUUAUAGAUUAAGGAACUCUCCUCCAGAUAGGUAUGCAUGUCUGGUGGCGGAACCAGCUAAGGAAGACAAGGUUAUUGGCUCGACGAAGUCUCAGGCACACCAGAAUCAACAACAACUUGUGGGUGUCGUUGAUGUUACUGUAUUUAGAGAUGCUGAUGUGCUCCCACACCUUCUAGGAGCCGAGGAGUAUCUCUACAUAUCAGGAAUCGCAGUUUCUAACAACUUCAGGAGACAGAAAGUGGCAACUGUGCUGCUGAAAGCCUGUGAGGUAAUAGCCGUGUUAUGGGGCUACGAGUAUCUAGUGCUAAGAGCAUACGAAGACGAUUGGGGUGCACGCUCAUUGUACACAAGCGCUGGCUUUCAAAUAGUUUCUCGAGACCCUAUUUGGGUUACUUUGAUAGGAAGGAAACGACGAAUCCUCAUGACCAAACGACUUCCCUACGUUUCUUAACUGUUAUUGUUGGAUUGCCUAGUGGAACUCUGGAUGAUGGAUAGGAAACAAAGAAAAAGCAAUGUGGAGAUGCUAUAGAUCAACAUGUUGUGUAUUUACUCAAAAUUACAUGUACAUACAUUGUAUUCUUGUCUUGUAUAUCAACUAGAUAGUCAGUCAUGCGAACGCAGGCGUAUAUAUUGUUGCGUCAUGUGAAUGCUGAAUGCAUGAGUAUAGAUUAUGUCAUUUUUGUUAUAGUAUAUAACAUAUUUUGGAGCCUUAAUCAUCAAAUUAAUCUUUUGGUUGAGUUGGUUUUUUGACAUGGCAUCAAAAGCCAAUGUGAUGAGAUUACAUGUUCAUAUCUCAACAAUCCAUCAUUUGAAGUUGAAUAUUUAGCCUCAGGUUUGAGGAAGGGUUGCGUUGCAUCUAUACUUCUAGUCCAAAGGGCUAUCAUGUGAAGUAUAUAACAUAUCUUGGAGUCUCAACUACCAGCGUAAGUUUUUGGUUGAGUUGGUUCGUUGAAAAUCAGUUCGGUUAUGUGUUCAAUUCUCACUUAAUUCUCCACUUUUCUCGGCCUACCCUGUGACAA